GUACCAGGUGUUGACUACCUACCUAAUACACUUCUCUUCUUUUAUCUGGACUUAGGAUUGGCAGUUUAAGAUAAAUUUCCAUAUAGGUGAAACCGGUGGAGUUAAAAAGGAGAAAAAGAAAACACAAACAAAAAAAAGAAAAAGAACGAAGGCCCCGAGCUGCCACCUCGUCAAUCCGUCAGCAUCGACUCUGCGUGGGGAGGAGGCAGUGAAUUCUGCAGUCACUCUUAUCGACCAAUCCCAACUCCAGAAAAGUCUCCAUCCAUUAAUCCAAUUAUUUCACAAACUCCAUGAAUUCAUAGGUUAUGUGAUAUACUGAUACUCUGAAUCCUGAGUAUCCAUUAAUCCACCACCAAAGUCAAUGAACUCUGUGCUUGCUUAACCAAAAAUCCAACAAAAAGUCCCCAUCUUUGUGCCCAGUUCGUCAAUCUUUCCAAAGAGGAUUUUGACAUGAUUGGGAAGCAGUUUUGAAGUUUCAACUACAUUCCGAAGCGGCCGCAGUUGAUGAUUUGAUGAGAUGGGGUAUUCACUCAGUAGAUUGACACUAGAAUCUGAUCAUUUUGAUCCUGGAAAUGCUGCCGUCCAUGGAGUCGGUAACGGUCAAACACCCAACAAACCAUUGCAUAAUCUAGAGCAUGAAGUCGCCCAGCUCACAAAGUUGAGGUCAGCUCCCAAUGUGCGGCUUACCCAAAUUGGACCUAGAAGGCGGGACUUGCCCGUUUCCACGGUCAGGAUGCUGGCUGGUCGAGAGGGCAAUUAUUCGGGAAGAGGAGGAAGGUUCUCUUCUGCAGAUCGUUGCCAUGUUCUAAGUAGAUAUUUGCCAGUCAAUGGUCCUUGGUUUGUCGACCGAAGGUCUAGCCGAGCUUAUGUCUCUCAGUUUUCGGCAGAUGGAUCCCUUUUCAUUGCUGGGUUUCAGUUUUUGUUCAAAUGCUCGUUGCAGGAUGGUCAUAUCAAAAUAUACAAUGUGGAUAGAGAGUGGAAAGUCCAGAAGAACAUUCAUGUCCAAAGUAUGCGAUGGACUGUCACUGAUACGUCUCUUUCCCCGGAUCAACGCUAUCUUGUUUAUGCGAGAAUGUCCCCUAUUGUUCAUAUGGUUGAUGUGGGAUCUUCUGAAGUGGAGUCUCGUGCAAAUAUAACGGAGAUCCACGAGGGUUUGGAUUUUUCCUCUGGUGAUGACGGAGGGUACUCAUUUGGUAUUUUCUCCAUAAAAUUCUCAACAGAUGGACAUGAACUUGUUGCUGGAAGUAGCGAUGAUUCCAUAUAUGUUUAUGAUCUUGAAGCCAAUAAGCUCUCCCUUCGGAUUCCGGCGCACUCGUCUGAUGUGAACACCGUAUGCUUUUCUGAUGAAAGUGGCCAUCUUAUUUAUUCUGGGAGUGAUGAUACUCUCUGUAAGGUAUGGGAUAGACGUUGCUUUAACACUACAAGGAAGCCAGCAGGAGUCUUGACUGGACACCUAGAAGGUAUUGCAUUCAUUGACAGCAAGGGAGAUGGUCGUUAUUUCAUUUCGAAUGGUAAAGAUCAGACCAUUAAACUUUGGGACAUCAGGAAAAUGUCUUCUAGUCCCGCUCGCACUCCAGGGCUCAGGAGUUCUGAGUGGGAUUACAGAUGGAUGGACUACCCACCCCAGGCAAAAGAUAUGAAACAUCCGUCUGAUCAAUCAGUAGCUACGUAUAGAGGACAUUCAGUCUUGCGUACGCUUAUUCGCUGCUACUUUUCUCCGGCAUAUAGCGGUCAGAAGUACAUAUACACGGGAUCGCAUAACUGUUGUGUGUAUAUAUACGAUUUGGUUACCGGAGCCCAAGUUGCGACGCUUAAGUAUCAUAAAGCACCGGUGAGGGACUGUAGUUGGCACCCCUAUUACCCGAUGCUCGUAAGCUCUUCUUGGGACGGGACAGUUGCUAAAUGGGAGUUCCCCGGCAGUGGAGAAGCGCCGGCCUCGUUGUAUUAUUAAUAUCGGAUUCGUAUUCACUAAAUUCACUUGUACAUAAAUAAAUUACCAUGUACGUGGUAAUUAUAUUGUUCGUCCAAACCA